AUGUUCCUUGGGUUGUUAAGAAGAACUACCGAUCAAGAAUACAAAGACAUCGAGACAUCAAAAAUCAGAGAUUACUGUAUUGGAAAGCUUGGGGUCCCCUACAAUUACUCAAGUGAUUCUCACAACGACAUGGUCGAGGACCAUUAUUAUGCGAAACUAAACUACGUGGCACAGCAUCUUUAUAUAAACGACGACUACAAGUUCAUCUACCUUUCAGUUCCAAAGGUGGCGUGCAGCAAUUGGAAAAGACUUAUUCUGCGUUUGAGGAAUGUCACCGACGAGAAGAAACUUUCCUACCCUCAUGUCAUGAGCGAUUUUAAACGUUUGGUUGAUCUGCCCAGAACAGAAUGGAGGUCAGUGCUCCAGGAUUACGGAUACUACAAGUUCGCGUUUGUCAGGAACCCGUGGACGCGACUUGUUAGCGCCUACGUGGAUAGGUUUACUAGAUACGACAAGUGGUGGUAUGGCUACAUUCAACAGUCAGAAGGUAAAAGGAUGAUAAAGAACCACCGACCUGGAGCCUCCCAAGCUGAGAUAAAUAGCGGCAGUGACGUCAGGUUCGGGGAGUUUGUCAGUGAUAUCCUGGACCAUCAGAGAGAUGCUCCGAAUAAAACAGUAACCACGAAACUGAACGAGCACUGGAACGCCCAGUUCUUCAUAGCAGGUCUGUGCCACCCGUGGCUAGAGUAUGAUUACAUCGGUCGGUAUGAGGACCUGGACACAGCUUCACUUGAUGUCUUCCAGCAUGUUAACCUCCCUCAGUAUAUAGACAGUUUCCCUAAACCCUCCCGGAAUAGCUCAACAGUGAGACGAGCUUCACUGGAGUAUUCUUUGCUUGAUUCGGAGUUGUUAGCAAAUCUAUCAAUACAAUUAAAACCAGAUUUGGAAAUGUUGGGGUAUGGGGCCCCGGUUGAGUUGUCUCACAUCCUUCCUGAGACUUGAGUUUGUUUUACUGAUAUAACAGUUUAAUUUUAAAGUAUGGGAAAGAAGACACAGCGAUAUGAGUAUCCAUAAUGAAAAACACAUUAAUUCAAUUGUUAUUAAAUAGUAAUAUCCAUUCAUCA